AUGGGCCGUGUCGUCUCCGAGGCACGGCUGAGGGCCGAUGGCCGCACCUCCUCGGCUGUGCGCUUUCGGACGGUCGAAGAGAAGGCGGCGGAGGAGGGACAGGGCAGCGAGACGCAGGCCGUGGAGCCAGACCGCCGGCGGCUCAGAAAGCGGCACUUCUGGACGGUGCAGCUCCGUCUGCCGCCCAGCUCUAGCGCUGCCGCCGCAUCGCCGCGCCUCGUACAGCUGGCCAAAGACCCCGACUUUUGCUACGGCGAGUCUGGCAGUGUGCUGGAUCACACGGGCGUCAAGAAGAGCUUGGGCGCGGCCAAGCUGACUGCAAAGCAGCUCGAGGUGCUGGGCAUUCUCAAGGUCGCCAACGUAGCCUCGUCCGGCGUUGGCCUUGCCGAAGUCCACGAUCCUACGACUCACGCGCAUACGCCUGCCGAGUCGCUCUCGUCGCCGCUGGUGCAGAGCAUCUUCGAGAACGCGGCAGGCGACGUCGAGCGCUGGGUGGCACAGCAAGGGCCGGGCGAGCUGCCGCCCGACGUGCGCUGCGCGCCUGCCGCGCUCGUCGAGGGCUCUGACAUCGUCUUGAGCAUCCAAGAUCUCCAAGUACUGCUCACCGAGGGCUCCUUUGCUGGAUCCGACCGUGGACUGGCUGAGCCUGCCUGGACGACCGAGUGGUACACUGCCCAUGGCCCGAUCAUCAACAGCCUCUUCGGCCUCCUUGCGCUCGCCUCACCGGAGGAGCAACCGCUGAAGCUCGUCGAGGUCAAAGACGCGCACACGCGCAAAGCGCUAUGGAGUCUGGUGCAACCCGAUCUGCUGCUAUAUGCUGGCGAUGAUGUAGUCGGCCUCAUCGAGGUCAAGAACCGCAGUCAAGUCGACCUCGCGCGCGCCACGGAGCGCCGCAUCUCUCCGCUUGACGCCGCCGUCGCGCCCGGAUCGCGCUGGCGCGAGCUCGACCGCCACCUUGUCUACCAGCUCUUCGCUCAGGCGGCCCUGGUGGACGUGCAGUGCACCUCCGUCCUCGCGGACUACGGCAAUGUCUUUGUCCCCGUCGAGCUUCAAGCAGGCCAUCUCUCCUUCGCGGCCGAGGGCGUGGCUGCGUUCCUGGACCCAAGCAUCGUCUCGGAUUCCUCGGCCCCAGCCCAGACCAAGUUCACCACGGCGGACCCGCCCGCCAACAUCAUUACCUCGAUCGUGGCGUGGGCUCUCUAUGCACGCUCGAAGCACGUCCGUGCCAAGCCCUUCAACCGGCAAAUCUGGACCGAGGAGGUGCUCGAAGUCAUCGAGCUUCUCCCGGCGAAGUUCAGGGAGACUGCGCGCUCGGCGGCGCUCGAGCAACAAACAAAGCGCGGCGUUCGCGGUGCAGAAGGUGAUGCCGACGGCAGAGAGCCCAAGAGGCAGCGCAUCGCUGUGUCGGACCCUGGCGGCGAGAACGGACCGCGCGCCGCUGAUGAUGGCAGCACACAAUCGGGCGACGUCCUUGGCUCAUUUCUCUACGUGAAGCUGCUGCCUUUCUCGCAGGGCCGGCACUUCGACCUCUAUCAAGGCUCGCACUCGUCGCGCCUCAGCGAGCCCGAGCCCGAGCGGGUGCCGCAGCCGUACCUGCGCUCCUGCGCGCCUGCCGACGCCGUGUCCGUCGUCGUCAAGGUGCUGCGCGAGGAGGGAGAGUCUCCAUGGCUCGACCAAGAGUGGCCCGAGGCCCGGGAGCGCGAGGAGCUCGAGGCCGUGGCGCGCCACGAGGCCGCGGCCUACGCUGCGCUCGCGUCGCUGCAUGGAGUGGUCAUCCCGAGGCUCUUUGGCCCGUACGCGCCGCUGAAGCUGCGCCUAAAGCCCAACGCCGUCGAUGCGCUCAUCCUCGAGGACGUGGGCGAGUCGCUCGCCACGCUCCAGCCGUCGCCCGAGGCGCCCGCUGCGCUGGUGCGCGCGGCCGUGCUCGAGGCAUACCGGCAGCUCCACGCGCUCGCCACGCAUGGUGAUGUUGCCCUGUGCAACAUGAUGUGGAGCAAGGAGCAGCAGAAGGUGUUCCUCGUGGACUUUGAGGACGCAGAGUGGCAGGUGCAGGGAGGCCCGCCCGAUGGCGUGGCUUGCAGGCGAGAAAUGGACGAGGCGCUGGCGGAGCUGGACGACUCGCAAUGGCGCGCAGCGUGA